AUUCCUCUCUUUGGUUGAUUGAAAAAAAACAUUCCUAAAGAAGGAAGAAAGAAAAAAAAAAAGAAAAUGGCGUCUAUAAGGCUUUUUAGCUUUCUAAUUCUAUUCAUUUUGGUACUUUUAGGAGAGUACUCAAGUGCUAACACCCAAGGUACAGAUGGAAGUCAUGGUCUUCAACCAGCAAGGAAAAAGCUAGCCAAAUUUAAGGAAGCUGUUGAUGCAGCGCCGGCUGCGGUGGAAGCGAGGGAAACGAAGCUAAAAUGGGGUCUCGAUAAAAAGAUGGUAACAGUUGAAGGUGCAAAGAUUUCAGAUUAUCAAUCUAAUGGGAAAAAUAGCCAUAAAUGGCUAACUGGUUUUACAGCUUUUGCUGCUGAUUAUCAUGUCCCAAAGUCCCAUCCGCCUAAGCAUAAUUGAGGAAAAAAACCCAAGUGAAAUCCUCUAUUAGGAUCGAUAGAGCUUAAUUUGUUUUUUUAUUUUUUCUCUUUUCCCAAUUUUGUCUCCGGGAUUUUACAGGGAAUUCUAGAGAAUACAAGUAGAAGAAUUAUACAUGACACUUGUAUAUGUAUCUAAUAGAAGUUGAAUGUUUGAAGGAAGUUCAGACUUUGUAAUGCAAAGAAAACUAUAUAUUUUAUGUUUUCCAAUGUGGGGUUUGAUUUGAA